UCCAAUAUUUUAGAGAGUAUAGCUUUUGAAAGUAAUGAUUUGAAUGCAAUAAUCAUGACGAGAGAAAAACCAGUCCGCGCUCCAUUUUGGCAACUACAAGCUAGCUCUUUCAAUCUUCUUGUUACGUACUCAUAAUUUUUCAUGUUCUUGUAUUUAUAUUCAAGUUUGGUUCUUCAUUCUUUCAUUGCCUAAAACCCAUACUUAACCCUUUUCCUUUGUUCCUCAACUCACUCUACAAAAAUGGCUUCCAGUACUAUUCUCUCAGCCCUGAUCAUAUCUCUCAGCCUUCUGGAGUUCAUGCCACACCAUGCCAUUGCUGAUCCCGCAGAUGGGUUCACCUCCCUUUCAUUGGAUCGAUCCAACUUUGUCAUUCAUAAGCCUUAUGACGUAUCUGAAAGUGAGCGAUAUAGCUUCCAAAAUGGCAUCCACAAGCUGUGGGUUUACUCUGCUGACAAGCCUUUCAUGUCUGGGAGCAAUACCAGUCCCAGGACUGAGGUCCGCGUUCGAGGAUAUGACUACACUUCUGGUGUGUGGCAAUUUGAAGGAUAUGCAUACGUGCCAUCAGGCACAACUGGUGUGUCCAUCAUGCAAAUCUUCGGAGGCGCUAGCGCAGCCACAACCAUGAUGCUUAGAGUCUACAAUGGAGCACUAUCUUACUACAGGACUCCAAUUGCUCAAAACAUAUAUGAUAGAUGGUUUAGAGUCAACGUAAUCCAUGAUGCUGGUGCCCCAAAAGUCAAGGUCUACAUUGAUGGGUCAUUGGUGCACGAAGCUGAUGGGAAUGGGGCUUCAUCCCAUUACUUCAAAUUUGGAGUCUAUGCACAGGAUGGUGCGUCCGAUUAUAUGGAGUCUCGUUGGAGGGGAAUCAAGGUUCUAAGGAAGUAAUUAUGGAUAUACGUGCCUUGUUCACAUAAAUGUAGAAGGCAUUAUUAAUUAGUCUUGGAAUAAAAUUAAAAAAAAAAAACUAUAGUCGUAAUAAUAAUAAUAACAGUUAGAUAAUAUUAUCCAGCUAGAUUAAUU